AGGUAUAAACCGCAAACUUCGUACUUUUGUUAACUUGUGUAUGCUUAAGUACCUACUUACUUAUUUUAAUAAAUAGAGGUCUGUUAAAAGCUUAUUCUUUUUAUCCAAAAGAUUUUAAUAGAAAAAUAUAUAAGGCCUGAAUAGUAGGUGUAGGUAGGUAUGGAGUAUUUCAAAGCUAACUAUUUCUUACAAAAUGAGGGAACAGAAAAGCAGGAUUUUCAAAAUUUCGAGCCCAUGAUGUACCAGGAGGUUAUAAACAACCAAGAAUUUCCCAACUACUUCCAAAUGUUGUACGACUAUAGAGCUGCACCAGACCAGGGCCAGGGUCCGGAGGUGUAUCCUGAGGAAUGGGAGUGGCAGUGGGGAGAACCGAUGCUGGUGAAGGAAGAAGAUUUGGAGACAGGAGGCUCUAUUGCUUUCAGUGAGGAGGAGCUGCGUUCCUUGUCGUCGACGAGUCGCAAGGAGCGCACGGCGUUCAGCAAGGCGCAGAUCCGCAGCCUGGAGGCGGAGUUCGCGCGCGCCAACUACCUCACGCGCCUGCGACGAUACGAGAUCGCCGUGGCGCUGCAUCUCACUGAAAGACAGGUCAAGGUUUGGUUCCAAAAUAGAAGAAUGAAGUGGAAACGAACCAAGGGAGUUUCCAAGCACACAAAGAAAAAGGAUUGAAGCUUAUUUUAUG